AUGCUGCACCUGGUCGACCCUCACUGGUACCAGUUCCCUCCUCUUAACCCCUGUGGUAUGCUCUGGGGGGCAUGUUUUUCUUCCUCUGCGGCUGCCUCUCCCUCACCGGAAUUUCACUGUCAUGUACAUCUUCAGCACACCAAAUCCCUGCGCACGCCUGCCAACUACUAUGUGGUAAAUCUCGCUUUCUCGGACUUCAUGCUCCUGUUCUGCAUGUGCCCCCGCUCCUCAUCAAUAGUUAUUACAAUACGUGGAUCUUCGGACCGCGGCGUGCUGGAUCUACGCUGCCAUUGGGUCCCUCACCGGCUGCUGCUCCAUCUAUACAAUGAUCGCCAUCACUUGGACAGAUACAAUGUCAUCGUAAAU